AUGGAGGAGUAUUUCUCGGUGCCAGUUCCUACUAAGGAUACCGACUGCAUAAGCAAGUUGAAUGUUGAUCAACAAGGUGCAUAUGACACAGUGAUGAAUGCUAUCACUUUGCAAAAUGGUGGUGUUUUCUUCGUCGAUGGUUCCGGUGGUACUGGAAAAACAUAUCUUUAUCGAGAUAUAUUAGCUACUGUAAAAGGUAGAGGUGAGAUAGUUAUCCUAACAACAACUUAUGGAAUUGCUGCCACAUUGUUGCACCAAUGGAGAACUUCACACUUAACUUUUCAACUACCAUCAAAAGCAAAUAGCUCAUUGUCAUGCACCUUUAAAAUGGGUUCAAAAGCUAGCAUUCUUCUAAAACAUUCCUUAUUUAUAUGGGAUGAGUCACCAAUGACACAUAUGUAUCAAUUUGAAGCAGAUGAUCGUUAA